GCGCUCCCUGCCGCCGACGCUUCCUCUGUGACUCGGAACAGUUCUCCGGCUGCGCCCUUCCCGGCGAGCCGCCGCCUGGGAGCUCCCGCGGCAGGGCAGGAGCGGGAGGAGCGGUGUCCGGAGGUGGAGGGCCCGCCGCCCGACCCUGACGGCCGCACACCGAGCGCCGAGUCCGCAGAGCCUCGCCGCGGGGCGCAGCGGCUGCCCGCCGCCCCCACCGCCCCCGCAGCGAUCUGCGCCGCUCCGGGGACGCGGUAGAAUUCCUGUAACUGCUAGUAAAUAUUCCUGGUGCUGUGCAUUCUGGAGAUACGUUUUUACUACAGAUGCUACCAAGGCUUUGUGAAUGGGAUGAACAUGCUGCUGUUGACUGCUCACUGACAGUAACCAGCUGGGCACUUCACUGGUGAUGUUUUCCUUCUUGCAUUGUCCAAUUGGAGUUUGCUUAUACUGAUUUUUAAAGAGAGGAAGAAAUCAAAGUGGAGUACCGUAAACUUGACAUGGAUAAUAAAAGGAAAGACAAGGUAGAUGAAAGAAUGACACGGCCUAGUGGGAGGUCAGGCCAUAAUCCACGUGGAACUGGUUCUUCAAAUUCUGGAGUCUUAAUGGUCGGCCCUAACUUCAGAGUUGGCAAGAAAAUUGGAUCUGGGAACUUUGGAGAGCUGCGGUUAGGAAAAAAUUUAUACACAAAUGAAUAUGUGGCAAUUAAGCUGGAGCCAAUGAAGUCGAGAGCACCACAGCUACAUUUGGAAUACAGAUUCUACAAGCAGCUAGGAUCUGGAGAUGGAAUACCUCAGGUUUACUAUUUUGGUCCAUGUGGCAAAUACAAUGCUAUGGUGCUAGAACUACUUGGACCUAGUCUGGAAGAUUUAUUUGACUUGUGUGGUAGGACAUUUUCUCUUAAAACCGUUCUUAUGAUAGCCGUGCAGUUGAUUUCUCGUAUGGAAUAUGUCCAUUCAAAGAACUUGAUAUACAGAGAUGUGAAACCUGAGAACUUCUUAAUAGGACGACCUGGAAACAAAACCCAGCAAAUUAUUCAUAUUAUAGAUUUUGGUUUGGCAAAAGAAUAUAUAGAUCCAGAAACAAAGAAGCACAUACCAUAUCGAGAACACAAGAGCCUUACAGGAACAGCUAGAUACAUGAGUAUAAAUACACAUUUAGGAAAAGAGCAAAGUAGAAGAGAUGAUUUGGAAGCUUUAGGUCAUAUGUUUAUGUAUUUUCUCAGAGGAAGCCUUCCAUGGCAAGGUUUAAAGGCUGAUACAUUAAAAGAACGUUACCAGAAAAUUGGAGACACAAAACGAGCAACCCCUAUAGAAGUAUUGUGUGAAAACUUCCCAGAGGAAAUGGCUACAUAUCUACGUUACGUAAGAAGGCUAGAUUUUUUUGAAAAGCCGGACUAUGACUACUUAAAAAAACUCUUCAUAGACUUACUUGAUCGGAAAGGCUAUAUGUUUGAUUAUGAAUAUGACUGGAUUGGCAAACAGUUGCCUACUCCGGUGGGUUCAAUACAUUCAGAUCCUGCACUGUCUUCAAACAGAGAAGCACAUCAGCACAGAGAUAAAAUGCAACAAUCUAAAAACCAGUCAACAGACCAUAGGGCAGCCUGGAACUCACAGCAAGCCAAUCCACAUCAUUUGAGGGCUCACCUAGCAGCUGACAGACAUGGUGGCUCGGUACAGGUGCUGCUGUUUUUUCAAGCGGAAGAAAAGGAAAAGCAUUCAGCGCCACAAAUGACUAGAACCAAGCAGAACAUGGGAAACUGCUUAUUUGCUCAACUGCUGUCUUGUGAUCUUAAAAAAAUACAAGCAACAAAAAACCACUCUGUAAUGACCACGUGUUUUCCAAGGACUUCCUUAGAAACACUGUCAUGCCUGUGUGUUAUGAUUUGGUUCUCCUGCAUCCAUCUUUUUUUUCCUUAAUUCAUCUUUUCUGAAAGCUUUAAGGUUUUGUCAAAUAUGAGUGCAUCUUUGACCAUCAAUAAAUGGACCAAUGAAAUGGUACAAAUGAACAGUAUCUUCAGCAAAACUGAACUUAAAGUAUUUCUCCUGUCCUAGGAAGUAUUAACAGUGUCGUAGCUCAAGACAUAUGUCGUAAAUCUGUUAAUUGAGUUUGUAGCAGUGUAUCAAAAGCAAUUUUCUUCAGAAAGGCAGAAGAAAAAUACAGAUGCACAGCCAUGUAGAAAAAUAAUAAAAUACUCAGAUUUAUUUUCUGACACUUGCAAUGAUUAUUUUUUUCUUUUCUCCCUGUAUUACUGGUGAUACUGUAGUCAAAUUGUAUCAGCAUUAAACCCUGUCUGUGGUACUGUUGUACAGUCACUGUCUAGAGAUACUGAGAAGGCUGAUUUAACUGUUGACUGUUGUCUAAGUGCUGCUGAUACUAAUGAAGAUAAAUUAUUUCCAGUAACAUCUGGGUUUAAAAACCUGCUUUUGUUAUGCCUACAGUGGAACUGCAGUACAGUGGUAAUGACAAGAGAGUUUGUACAAAGAAUACGGAAGUUUAUACAAUUUAAGUUAUGCUUCCAGUAAUGCCAGUAAGAUUUAAAUACUUUCAGAAAAGAUCCACAGAGGAAUUAUAAAAGAAGAAAUAAAUGUGAAUCUGGUUAAAAUGGAAUCAAUAUUAAAGCCUAUAUGUUCACUGAAGUAAUUGAUUGACAACAUCUUUAACUUGCAAAUAUGAAUGUGCCAUGUAAUAUUAGAUAUCUGUAAAUUAUUUUACUCUUUGAUUUAGAAAACAAAUGUGUUGGAAGUGAGUUACACUUUUCCCUUCUCUGCACACUAGCCUAUAGCAUCUAAAAUUUACUGAGAUUUUUUUUUUUUUCCCCUGGAACUUUCUUGUCUUUCAGUGUAAUGUCACUACUAUAGUAGGAUGGCAAGGAUGUAUCAGGUACUUUCCCACAGUCUAAUUAAGUGCCUGCAGUAUGAACAAACAGUUCUGUAGACUAGGCAGCUUGUUUUCUAGUUUUCAGAAAUAUAUGCUUCUUUUAAAGCCAUAAUGACAGAGGUGUGCUUUUGUCAUGUGUAGCUGCCAGUUAUUGAAGAAGGGGUGUGAAAGAUGGAAGUGACUAAGCAGAUUCGUUGACCAAAACUCAGAUUAUCUCAAUUUUUUUUUUAAUUCUUCUAAAGCUAAUUAGCAUUUUUUUAUCCACACAUGCCUUUUGGCAUACUUAUUUAUUUUUGGUCUGUUUUGUGGUAGCAUUUAAAAUGUAUUUUGAAAUAAAUGCACACCUUUGAAUUCAUUAUUGCAUUUACAAGUUUUUGAAUUGUGUUUUUUAAUUUAUUUUUCCUUAACAGCCAAAAGUUUAUUUUGUUGUUUGGAUUAUGUGCUCAUAUGUAUACUUUGAUCUUUGUCCUGAUUACUGUUCAUGUUCUUAAGUUUUUGUUUUAAAAAACCUGAACUUGGCCUCUAAAAACAUACUGUUUAACAGGUCAUAAGUUUCUACUCCACAAAUUAGUGGUAUUAUCUCAAAUUCAUUAAGUUACUUCUUUGUUUUUAUUUGAGCUGAAAAGGUAAUUACUUGACGACAUCUGAGAACACAUCCUUCUCUUUAGUACUUUACCAAAUUUGUUGCUUCAUAAGAUUUGUAAGUACAUGUAGUAUGUGUAUUUCUCAAACGCCUGAAUAGUUUUAUUCUCAGAGGUUUUUGACCUGUACAGUGUUUGUAUGAUCUGAACUCCAUACACAUAAGAAGAAAAUGUGUAUAUUAUAGACUUAAAAUAUUUGAAUAUAUAAAAGCUGUUUAUUGGCUGAAAUGAUCAGUAUCUAGGCACUUGCUUUUCAACAAUAUUUUUUUAAGUGUUUGAUUUCAAUGCUGAAGAACAUUUUCUUCUAGCAAAGCAAAGUGGUCUAGCAAAGCAAAGGACUAAUGCAGGUAUGUUCAUGUUAUGCCAAUACGAUUUACAUUUAUAUCCUUUUUCUUGUCUAAGCUAAUGAAGUGAAUAUUGGCUGGAUAUCUAAAAAUAAAAUACAUCCCUGUUUAAAUGUAAGACAAAGAA